AAUGUAAUACGACCUUUAGUGUUCGUUUUAAGAUUAGGUUAGGUUCCUCUGUUGUAUAUUUCCUAUUUUUCACAGAAAGAGAUCCUAUAAUACUUUAUUAACAUUCGCACAUAAAGAUGGAUAACGAUAAAAGCACAAUGCUCGCUGUUUUACAGCUCUUGAAAAAGUACAAUUUAAAAGGGACCGAAGAAUUGUUUAGAAAAGAAGCUAAUCUUACAGAUAUUUCGGCUGAAGAAGCUCAGAAAACUGAUUCAGAGGUAAAUAGUGUUCUUCGUGCUUACAAGAGCGAAGGGGAUCCUGCACAGUAUGAAAAAGCAUAUAGCGAAUUGAAGAAAUUUGUGGAAGGAGCUUUGGAUAUUUAUAAGCAUGAAUUGGGGACCAUACUAUAUCCAGUUUUAGUGCAUACAUAUCUAGAAUUGGUUUACAAUAAUCAUUCUGAAGAAGCAAAACAGCUCAUGGAAAAGUUUGGUGGAAGUUUAGAAGAAUAUUAUCAAAAUGACUUGAAAAGAUUAUCUAAUGUAACAAAAAGAGAGCAAAUGGCAGAGAAUGAAUUUAUUGAUACUUUUAAAUCUAAUCAGUUUAUAAUUAGAAUGUCAAGAGACACAAUUUCUAUACUAAAACGACAUUUGCAAGAGAAGAAACAUAAUCUUUUAUUAAACAUUAUACAGGAGCACCUUUAUCUUGACAUGUAUGAGGGUGUUGCUCGUAAUAAAGAACAAAUAGACGCAACAUCUGGAGCUAUGGUGGGUGAAGCUACUAGACAAGAUAAUAAGGCCAAAGUUUAUUAUGGACUUUUAAAGGAACCAGAUAUUCAGUGUGUAGCACCAGCUGAAGAAGAAGAGGACGAUACAGGUGGUGGAGAUGGAGAUAAACCAAAAAAGAAGAAAGCUAAGAAAGAUCCUUUAUUUUCAAAAAAAACCAAAUCAGAUCCAAAUGCACCACCUGUUGGUAGAAUGCCAUUACCUAAUCUGAAAGAUGCGGAUAAACUUGAAAAAGUUAAGGCAUUGAGGGAAGCGUCAAAAAGAGUUAUUCUGGGACCUGAUACACUACCAUCUAUAUGUUUUUAUACAUUGCUGAAUACAGUUCAUACCGUAACAGUAGCAGAAGUAGCAGAAGAUUCAAGUUUAUUAGCUAUUGGGUUCAGUGAUUCUGGUAUAAAAGUUUGGAGUUUAGUUCCACAAAAAUUGAGAUUGAUGAAGACGGGUGAACUAUUACAAGACGUCGAGCGAGAAGCAGAGGAUGUGCUGGUUAGAAUGAUGGAUGAUAGAACAUCUGAAACUACAAAAAAUCUGUAUGGUCAUAGUGGACCAAUUUAUAGCCUUUCAUUUAGUCCAGAUAGAAAUCUUUUACUUUCAUCAGCAGAAGAUACUACAAUAAGACUAUGGUCACUCCAUACAUGGACAUGCGUUGUAUGUUACAAAGGCCAUUUAUUUCCCGUGUGGUGCGUAAGAUUCUCACCGCAUGGUUAUUACUUUGCAAGUGCUUCAAACGAUAAAACUGCUAGACUAUGGGCAACUGAUUCUCAUCAACCAUUACGAAUAUUCGCUGGCCAUUAUUCAGAUGUCGAUGUAAUUCAAUUUCAUCCAAAUUCGAAUUAUGUCGCGACUGGUUCGAGCGAUAUGACUGUAAGAUUAUGGGACUGUGUGACUGGCAGUCAAGUUCGAUUAAUGACCGGACACAAGAGACCGAUUUUUUCUCUAGCUUUUUCAACAGAAGGACGAUUUUUGGCUUCAGCCGGUGCCGAUCAUCGCGUACUCGUAUGGGAUCUAGCGCAUGGUCAUCUUGUCGCAGCCUUGUCGGGUCAUACAAAUAAUAUUCAUUGCCUAUCGUUUAGUCGAGACGGCAAUAUUCUAGUCUCAGGAUCCUUAGAUUGUACAUUAAAAUUGUGGGAUUUCACAAAAUUAGCAGAAGAGAUGAGCUUAGAAGAUGUAAAUGUUUCUCACAAUCCAGAUGUGAAGACUAAUGCAGAAUCUUAUUUGUUGCGUACUUUUGCUACAAAAAAUACAUCUGUCCUGACAGUACAUUUUUCACGUAGAAAUUUACUGUUGGGUAUCGGUAUGUUUGAUUCUACAUAAUUUAUUACAUCUCAGAUCUUCAUUUCAUAUACAUAGAAGACUUGAACUACUUAUUAAGUAUAUCAUAACUUCUAUCAAAUGUAAUAUAGAUUAUCAUCAAGCAUUAAUAAAUCUUUCCUAUUUA